AUGACGCUAAGUGUAGUGCAUAAACGUCCACUGCUAUUUUCAAUCGUUAGCUCAUCCCUUGUCGUCUGCGCGCUUUGUGCUCUUGUGGAUUGUGAAGGCCGACGACGAUUCCCCAUCAAUAUUUGUAUUCUGUCAGCUGGAUUUGUACCAGUAAUUGCUAUUAUUGUUACAGUCGCAAGAUCCCAUUCUGAGACUGUCGAACGGCUCAAGGAACGCUAUGAAGCACAGGUUGGUGCCUUGUUUUUUCUGAAAUUUUUCGGGUUAAAAGAUCGUCUUUAUCUGAAAAAUGCACUGGUUUUGUUUCUAUCAUUUUUCGAAGACAAAUAA